AUGGCACUCACCGAAGCCCCGGGCCCGGAUCCGGAGAAGCGGGUUCACUCGGACAUCAACCCCGCCGAGGAUGACCACCCCGUCUCGAAGCACUACAUCGCCGACGAGGCCGGCGCGCUCGGUCCUGAAGAAGCUGGACAGGCGGAUCCUCCCGUUCCUUACGGCUGGACGAGCAGCAUCUUCUACUCGGGCUACCUGUUCGCCGAGUACCCCGGCGUCGCCGUGCCGCAGCGCUUCCCCGCGGCAAAGUUCCCCGGCGCCAACAUCGUGCUCCGGGGCGCGCCGUCCUCAUGA